AUGGAGGAGGCCUAUAGGAGUGCAUCCAGAUUACCGGGAAUAUCCCAUGUAAUGUCGGGAGAUCUGGUUGGGCAUAUGCGCAUUCUAGGCAUCUUUGAAAAUUAUCCUAGUAUUGCAAUAUCUGACCAUAUGUCACCAACUCUGGUGUUAGAUAGGAAGUUUAGGGUCCUUAUACCUGAAAGGGACGUGUGGUUAAACCAAACAUGGCGGCAAAAUAAUGCCGAUCAAGUAUGGUUUACUGAUGGUUCCAAACAGGCUAAUGGUGACACUGGGGCUGGUAUCUAUGGUCCCAAUUUUCAAAGGUGUAUCCCAAUGGGUACAUUUUCAUCAAUAUUUCAGACGGAGAUUUACGCCAUCCUUAUAUGCUCCAAUGAGUGCUUAAGAAGGAGACUAAGGAAUAAUAUAAUAUUUGUUAUGUCUGAUAGUCAGGCUGCUCUUAGGGCAUUAUCAUCAUGUGAAGUGAGGUCUGGUGUGGUUAUGAACUGCUGGACAUCCUUGAAUGAACUCAGCGCACACAAUGAACUUACACUGUGCUGGGUACCUGGCCAUGAAGGUCACGCUGGCAAUGAACGUGCUGAUUGUCUUGCUAACAGAGGCGCUCGACGCUCGUUUAUAGGUCCUGAACCGUUCUUUGGCAUCCCACGUGGAUACACUAUGGAACGUAUUCGUUUUUGGGUUGAAUCAGAAUUUGCCCGUUUUUGGGGUAAUCUACCAGGUCUAAAACAAUCCCAACGAUUCAUCACCCUAUCCAGACGUAGAUCCCAGUCGAUGCUUUCGCUAGGAAAGGGCUUACAAUCAGAUUUCGAAACUAAUGAAUUUAAUGAAGGGCCAACACAACACCUUCUACCUUUUCUAACUUCAUACCCCGAUAAGUAUGAAGAUGAAGCUUUUGUGCCUCUCAGUAGUUCGGAUCACUGUAUCAUUUUCGCCUCCUUUUUGCUCUCCGUAAAGUUUCACGAACAUCUACGAAACGUUUUAUUAAGCUAG